AUUCUUAAUAAUGGGCAAUGAACUGGGUGUCUGUAAUAACCGAACAGGGUGUCCCUACUUCGCUAAUGUAAAGAGGGUGCAUGUAAUUAACGGGGUGCGAAAAGGGGUGGCUAUAAUCAGGCCCGUUUGGAGACCCUGGUUAGAUUUUUAAAACGCUGCUCCUCCUACAGUUUUGAUCGCACAUUUUUUUUGUGCAACAUUAGACUCGCCGUGAAUGAAGCAUGUUACGAUAUGGGCAAUUCUGUAAUGACCAAGGGUAAACUGCUUCGCUGCGCCUAACUGUAAAAAAAUUAUGAUGGGAUGAUGGCUGAUAUUGGCACCGUCGCAAUUCUGACUCUGAUCCUCGCCACUCACCGCUGCUGUGAUGCCUGUUCCAAAACCACAACGCUUGCACCAACCACGAAACAGCUGCCACGCACAACACCCAUACCAGAGAAAUACCGUAUGAUAACCCAGCCGCCCAACAUUCCCACAAAGUGUCUGCGCUGCUCGUCGCGCUAUGACAGCCAUGACUUGAAUAAGGAUCUCGAUCCCAGUUGUCCAACGGGGCAGAGGUUCAGGGAUUUACAGAAACAGCCCAACUGGCAAACGCAGCUGGAAAGCACCCUUAACCAACCAACGUCAAACGUUGACGUAUGCUUUAAAGACGACACGAUGUGCGUUAUGGCGCUUAUGGUACAGGAUCGCCAGAUUGGCGAAAACAUGAUAAAGGAGAAAUCCAUCCGCCGGAGUUGUAGUUACGUAAUGACGGGCUACACGCACCGGUUGAGGGUGGAUGUGUACAAGCAGUUGGCUGAGAAGAAGAUCCAAAUCGCCUGCGUGGAUCCCCCAAACAAAGAUCGACCGUACGAUGUGGCCUGGUGCUUCUGUAUGGCGCCCAAUCUCUACUGCAAUACAUACACGUGGGCAGAGCUUAACGUGAGCAAAUGGCCCGUGGUUAAUCCACCGGUACGACCCUCUCCGGGCGACCGCACGCCAACGAAUGACGACGAGGGUGACCAUGAACCCAUGAAUGUACAGGAACUGCUGGAGAUGGAGAACGAGACACUUCCGAGUAUCGAUCACGGCGGUGUAGACAGAAAGGAUUCCAGUGUUCACCCAAGCGUUUUCGUGAUAGUUGUUAUUUGGACGUAUCAAAGUUGACCGCGGCGCUCAGCACUGUGCAACCGUUCUGAUUUUUGUGUUUUUCAAGUUCUUAUCAGCACACUGAAAAGUAUCCAUGUCAGUUAUUUUUCUAGUAGAUUGUUUUGAUUGCUCGUUCAUGUGGACGAGCACAUUUUUUCCAAUUAAAAUGAAAGCACUGUAUCUGUGAGUUUUGUUAUAGUUUUUCUUAUUGUGCUAUAUUGUGUCUUGGCUCUUGUUGUCUUAUUUGACCGGGUGAAUAAAGCCGUGAUCAGCGUCUAGUGCAGUCGCUGGUUUAAUUGCAUUUCAUGAAGGAGGGCUCCUCAUUUGCUUCUAAGAGAUUUUCGAGGGCACCCUCGGCUGUACCCGCCCCGGCUCGUCCUAGGACUCUUCUUCCCAUUUUUCUCGUUCCCUCCAUCGGGUUCCUCAUUGUCACCGUCGUGCUCAUCUUCGCGUCCGUGGACCUCACAGGUUUUUCUUUUAGCUCUGGGGAAGUCCGUGUUCAUGAAAUCGUGCUGCAGCUGUUCAUAACAUCCCCGCACACACUCCCUGGCGCGCUGGCAAGCUUCGGCUAGAGGCUCAAUUCGAAUGCCGACGAAAUUCAUGCGGACCCAUUUCUCUAAGUGCCUGAUCUCUUUGAGCAGUUCG